UCCUCCUGUAAAGACACCAAGGCACCUCUCUUCCUGGCUUGGGAUUCGGUGGAAGAAAUUGUUCGUGACUCCAUUUCCAGGAACCUACAAGUUUUCUAUAAUAUGCUGCGGUCACAUGACCUUGGAGACACAGGGCUCAUUGGGCGAAAUAACUUCAAGAAAAUCAUGCACGUUUUCUGCCCAUUUUUAACAGCCGAGCAUUUAGUAAAAGCCAAGCCCACUGAGAGUAAAAGUGCUGUGACCGAGAAUAUGACGAAGGAUGUGCUUAUUGAAAAACUCAAAAACUGUAUACGGCAGCCGUACCCAGCAUUCAGAAAACGAUUUCUGGACUUCAGCAAGGAGCCUGAUGGCAAGAUGAAUGUGCAUGACUUCAAGAAGGACCUGAUUCUAGGAAACAGAACAGCCAGGAAUCCUCAUUCUCUGCCUCUGGGAAUGGAG